AUGCAUAAAUUCUCGCAUGAGUCAAUGAUCUACUUGGAGGAGAUAGCAGAUGCAGAGCUAUGCAGGGAGAUCGACGAAAUGUCGGAUAACGACUCUAUUUGUAGCGAAAUUGAAAGCGAGAUAUACUCGCUUAUUCAUUUUGGCAGGUCCGAGACCCACAAAAUAGACCAUCUAAAAAAGCUGCAGCCUGUUGAAAGCAACCGCUAUUUUCAGUGCAGUGCAGUGUGCUACAGAUGCAACCAAUCUGGGCAUCUAGCGCGGGACUGCAGCAGGCCUAUGCUUGCGUGCUACAUCUGUAAAAAAACAGACCAUAAAAAGACAGAGUGCCCUCGCUACUUUUGUAAAUUAUGUAAAAAGUAUGGGCACUCAGAGGCAGUCUGCCCGAUUAAACAGGGCCAAAUAAAGUGCAGCCUUUGCAUGAGCAGAUCUCACAAAGCAAUUGACUGCUACAUGAGCAAAGAAAAAGGCAGCACUGCGCAUAUAUGUACAUACUGUGGCGCAGGGGGCCAUGCACUGUCGUCUUGUCCUAGAAUGCAGCAAAAUGCAACAAAUAGCACAGCUUCAACGCAAAACUUGCCAAUCAAGAAAACAGAAGAGAAGAAGAGCAAAAACAAGGGAAAGAAGGGCAAAAAGGAAAAAAAGGACAAAUUGCCAAGUGUGCCUGUGGCUGAAGUAGCAGAUGAAGGAAUUAAAAAAGGUAAGAAGAAAAAGCGAAAGAAUGUUACAGAAUAA